UUUUCAAUGGGAGCCGCUCUCCGCACACAUUCCUCCACUGGCUCCGCCUUCCAAGCAAACCGCUCACGUGACACGCAGCCAGCCAAUCAGAGGCAGCCUGGAAAGCAGCUCCUCUGCUCGGACCUUCGCUCCUGCCGCUGCCGAGUCCCACACUCAGCGGCGAGGGGGAGGAGGAGGUACAGGCUUGUUUUGAUGAAACUUUACUCAGUUUUUUUUUUUUUCCUCUAUUAAUUUACGACAAUUUCCCAGGAUGAUGAAGGUUUUUAGUGAAUGUUUAGUUCGCAGCGGCGGGCUUCCCAGUCGGAGGAGAACUGAACUUUUGGAGGGACUCGCGGAGGAGCGGAGCGGCUUUACAGGCACCAAGCAACGGGCUGACCUAUGCUAAGCUAACCCGCUAACCAGAACUCUGGAAUGCCGUCGGAAUUCACGUUUAAAGUCCACAAAUGACCUUGGGAAGUGAACUUUUUAUUAGUCGGUUAUUACAGAGACUUUACCGUAAAGUGGGACCGCCGUCCCGCGGAGGCUCGGUCGGUGUGUUCGGGGGCAGGUGCACCUCCUCCUCCUCCUCCUCCUGCGGCACCUGUGGAGGCUCUGAAACUUUACAUAAAAGUUAAGUUUAGCGUCAUUGUCUUAAGGUAAAACCAAUUCAUGGAGUUUUUUUUAGUCUUUUUUUAAUAGAAGUAAAUAAUUAAAUGUAUUGUUUAGCGACUUUCUGCUAAUAAAGUCGCGUGAGCUGCUAAAAGCAUUUUGGCUAGCCAGCAUCCUCGCUAGCUGCACGCUGACCCCCACACCGACGGACGACCUGGAUUCUGGCUCUCUCCCGGGGGGGUUUGGACAGUUUAAGUACGUAAAAAACAAUAAUUAUAAACUUUUAAUCACUUUUAAAGUGCACUUUUUAUCCCAGUUUAGUUCUCAAAGCUCUGCACCAUAUGGUGCCGCUACGGCCACCGAGAAAUGGAUGUCUCGCAGGCCGCUUUCCCAAACGGUGAGGGGCGGCCGGGCGGCGGUGGGACGGGGGAGAAUGUUUGGACGGAGUCCGCCACGGUCCGGCAGUGGGCCCACUCCGCCCCGAUAUGCCCGACUCGAUCUCUGUGGACAGCCGCGUACGACUACGAGGCAAGCGGCGAGGACGAGCUCAGCCUCCGGAGGGGGGACGUGGUGGAGGUGCUGUCCAAAGACGCCGCGAUCUCCGGGGACGAGGGGUGGUGGACGGGGAAGAUCAACCACCGGGUCGGGAUCUUCCCGUCCAACUAUGUCACCUACCAGCCCGCUAUUUACCGGCUCCCCGCGGGAGGCGGGUCGGUGGCGGGGCAGGAGCAAGCCCCCAGCCCUCCCGUCCGGAUCCCCUUCAGCGAGCUGACCCUGGAGGAGAUCAUAGGUGUGGGGGGAUUUGGCAAAGUCUACCGGGGGACGUGGAAGGAUCAGGAGGUCGCGGUGAAAGCGGCCCGGCAUGACCCAGACGAGGACAUAACGGCCACCUCCGCCAGCGUGAAGCAAGAGGCGAAGCUCUUCUCCAUGCUGCAGCACGCCAACAUCAUCAAGCUGGAGGGGGUGUGCUUGGAGGAGCCCAACCUGUGCCUGGUCAUGGAGUACGCCCGCGGGGGGACCCUGAACCGGGCGCUGACCGGGAGGCGUAUCCCUCCGCACAUCCUGGUCAACUGGGCCGUGCAGAUCGCGAGGGGGAUGCACUAUCUGCACGAGGAGGCCGUGGUGCCCAUCAUCCACCGUGACCUGAAGUCCAGCAACAUUUUGUUACUUGAAAAAAUUGAGAACGACGACAUCGGGAGGAAGACCCUGAAGAUCACAGACUUCGGCUUGGCGAGGGAGUGGCACAAAACCACAAAGAUGUCUGCAGCGGGAACCUACUCCUGGAUGGCUCCAGAGGUCAUCAAGUCCUCGCUCUUCUCCAAAGGCAGCGACGUCUGGAGUUAUGGCGUCUUGCUUUGGGAGCUGUUGACCGGGGAGGUGCCGUACCGGGGGAUCGAUGGCCUGGCUGUGGCUUACGGUGUGGCGGUGAAUAAGUUAACUCUGCCCAUCCCCUCCACCUGUCCUGAGCCUUUUGCCAAACUCAUGGAAGAGUGCUGGGACCAGGAUCCCCACGUGCGGCCCUCCUUCUCCUGCAUCCUGGAGCAACUCUCCGCCAUCGAGGAGGCGGUGAUGGCCACCAUGCCGCAGGACUCCUUCCACAGCAUGCAGGACGACUGGCGCGUGGAGAUCCAGGAGAUGUUUGACGAGCUCAGGACCAAAGAGAAGGAACUGCGUUCCCGAGAGGAGGAGCUGACGCGAGCCGCCCUGCAGCAGAAGUCUCAGGAGGAGCUGCUGAAGCGGCGGGAGCAGCAGCUGGCGGAGCGGGAGAUCAACGUGCUGGAGAGGGAGCUCAACAUCCUCAUCUUCCAGCUGAACAGAGACAAGCCCAACGUGAAGAAGAGGAAGGGCAAGUUCAAGCGGUCCCGGCUGAAGCUGAAGGAUGGGAACCGCAUCAGCCUGCCUUCAGACUUCCAGCACAAGAUCACGGUUCAGGCGUCUCCCUCCAUGGACAAGAGGCGGAGCCUCCACAGCACCUCCUCCUCUCCCCCCAGCAGCCCCACGCUCAUCCCGCGCCUUCGGGCCAUUCAGCUCACUCAGGACGAGAGCAACCGCACCUGGGGUCGCAGCGCCCUCUUCAAGCCGGAAGAGUUCGACGACGCGAAAAAGGGGAUCAAGAAGAAAGGAAGAACCUGGGGCCCCAGCUCGGUCCAGAGCAAAGAGCGGCCCGCCGCCGCCGAGAGAGUUCGUCCUCUGUCCGACGGCAGCAACCCCUGGUCCACCAGCCUCCUGAAGUCCCAGAAGUCGUUCCCGCUCGAUGCUCUGUUCGCAGGAGCAGGCAAGGACGAGGCGUUCCCGCUGGAAUGUCCCGACAGCAGCUCCAAACCAAAGCAGCUCAAGUUCCCCAACCAGGUGUACAUCGAUCUACCUCUGUGCAGGGACGAGCCGCCGCCUCAAAGCGCCGCCGCCAACGGUGGAGAUCCCGGAGCCGCGACGGCAAAUCCCGGCGGCCCGCCCGAGACCUCCGACGACCCCUGCACCACGACCUCCACCUCCUCCGCCUCCACCACGCCGCAGCUCACCCCCACCAACAGCCUGAAAAGGGCGUCCGCUCGCCGUAAGACAGACGCUGCGCUGUACGGCUGCGGCUCGCUGCUAGCGUCCCUCGUGCUCGGCUACGACAUCAGGGACGCCCUGAAGAACUGCGAGGACAGCGAGCCGCUGAGAGAGGAGAAGAAGAAGAAGGAGGGGCUCUUUCAACGCGCCACUCGCUUCCGCCGCAGCACCUCGCCGCCGAGCGGCCGGGCCCGGAAGGAGGACGCGUCCAACGGCACCGCCGCCCAACCCAUCAAUCUCAUCUCCAUGUCGGCCAUCGUGGAAUACAACUCCUCCAAGUGCCUCCUUCAGUCGGGGGCGGAGCCAGAGGCCAAGACGGAGCAAGCGGAAGCGGGCAGAGCCAGCACGGAGAGUCCUGCUGUUAGCAAGAACGCCGCGGCGCAAACACAAACGCCUGAACAGAACAACCACAACCCGGGAACCCGACUGCGCAGGAAGAAGUACACCAACCACCAGGCCAACGGCCCCCCCUCCCUGCCUCCCGCCGCCCCGCAGAAGGAGGAAAAGCCCCCGGCGGAGGAGGUGGUGCUGCGGCCGCGGCCCGUCUCGUUCCGGGCCAAACCGCACACCUGGGCCCUGCUGCGAGGGCGCAACAAGAGCUACUCCCUGGGCCACUACACCGGCGAGAAGACGGCCCACGACCUGAGCGUGGUGCUGUCCUCGGGGGGGGGCUGCUCCCUGCUGGACAUGGACACGGAGAGCCAGAAACGGGACUGCACCGUGCCGCUCUGCCGCAUCCAGAGCUCCCCCGCGCGGCCCUCCGUCUUCGAGCUGGAGAAGGAGUUCCUGUCCUGAGCGGAACAUUCCGGAUCAUACUUGACCGCCGCUGCAGCCCCGCCCCCAACACGAAACCUUCAGCUUUUUAUUUAUAUAUCUAUUUUUAUAGGUAAUUUAAUAUGAAGAGACUUCUCCUCCUUCGCUGUAGCAUUCCAUGUCAGAUUCCCGGCAGCGUUCCCGCUCUUAGAUCCUUUUAUUAUGUUGGGGCUUGUUCCAGAAAAACUGAAAAAAAAGAUUUAAAAAAAAAAGGAACAACGUUUGUAAAUAUUUCUCUUUGUACGACUGUUUCACGCCUGUUUCUAACAGACCGGUUACAAGAGGGAUCAGAAAGCCCCUUUUUACUGAAUCUUUCUACUAUUUUUGUAACGGUGCAGUUUUGUUUGUAUUUAUAUCGAUGUUUUUUGGAAUAUUCCACAAAAACCUGCAUCUUCAUCCUCCUCACUGUGAAACCGUCUCCAAUCAUGGAUCGUUUUUAGUCUUAAUGCACAUCAGAAUCUCUGUUACACUGAACUGGUUUGACUUUUAUUUCUACAUCCAGAAACAAUCAGGAGAUGGUUUAGUUUCUUUUUUUAUUUACAAAUGUCCUCAGGAUCCCAAAGUUCUCAAUUUAAUAACUCUUCGGAUCUCUUCCUGAAGUCAUGAAUUUGUAGAAUCUGUAAGUAUCUGUUUUUUUCUGUCCAGUUUCCACUGUGAUAAAGCUGCUGAAGUUCCACAUUCGCAGAUGACAUUCCACUGCGCUGAGCGGCGGCCUGCACUCACUAUUUAUGCAAGCAGACGGCAGCGCCGCUCAGUCGGGUUCUUUUGACCAAAUUCCUCACAAAAAAAAAAAAAACUUGUACCCAGGACCAAAACCACUAAAUGAGCCUAAAAACUUCCUGUUUCUCCGUAAAGCUUCCUGUUUGACUGAAAGCUGCUCACAGUAUUGGGUUCCUUCACGCCGACCGAUCAAAAGUGUCAAACUCACCAGCAUUCUCAAUAAAAGUCUGAAUCGC